CGCAGCUAAAUAACCUAAAAAUUAAGAUUUUAGAUUUUGUACAAACAAAUAUGUUGUUUUGAUAUAUUUGUUUCUGUUUCAAAAUAUUUACAUUAAUUAGUAAUUUAAUAAUAGUCACAAUGUCAUUUACAAAAAACGACGUAAAAUUGUCCGGAGACGUACCAAAGACAUUGUUGUUACAAAAACAUUCCGAUUAUUUAGCCAGCUACGGUUUGAACAAGGAUGAUUUUGAGUUUUGCAUGACGGAACAUCUUCGAUUAUCAGGGAUAUAUUGGACCUUAACCGCUAUGGAACUUAUGAACCAAUCAUCAAGAAUGCCAAAAGAAGAAAUUAUAGAAUUCAUUACAUCCUGUCAAGAUAAGGAAAGUGGAGGCAUAUCCGCCAGUAUAGGACAUGAUCCACACAUUCUGUACACUUUGAGUGCUGUACAAGUACUUGCAAUGUACGAUAGACUGGAUGCUAUCGAUAUUGAAGGUGUGGUAAGGUUUGCCAUAUCUCUGCAACAAGAGGAUGGGAGCUUCUAUGGUGAUAAAUGGGGCGAAGUAGACACAAGGUUUUCUUUUUGCGCUGUAAUGACAUUAUCCUUGUUGCAACAACUUGACGCAAUCAAUGUUACCAAAGCUGUUGACUUUGUAUUAAGUUGUAUGAACUUUGACGGAGGAUUCGGCUCUAGACAGGGAUCUGAAAGUCAUGCAGGUCUAAUUUAUUGCUGUGUUGGAACACUAUCAAUUUGUAAGAGAAUGGAUGCCUUACACGCUGAUGAGUUGGCUUGGUGGCUUUGUGAGAGACAACUUCCCAGCGGUGGACUCAAUGGAAGACCAGAGAAAUUACCAGAUCUUUGUUACUCUUGGUGGGUGAUGUCAUCAUUGUCAAUGCUGAACAGAAUUCAUUGGGUUGACAAGAAUAACCUCGAACAAUUCAUUCUUGCAUGCCAGGACUCUGAAACGGGUGGUUUUAGUGACAGACCUGGCAACAUUACAGAUCCAUUCCAUACAUUAUUUGGUCUCGCUGGUUUAUCCUUACUGGGAAAUACCAGUAUUAAGCCUGUAAACCCCACAUACUGUAUGCCACAAGAAACCAUAGACCGACUGAAAUUGGAACCACAGAUAUUACAUAUUUAGGUAUUAAGAAAUUUGUAUUGAAUUAAAUAUUUAUUAAGCCUAUUAAAUUAAGUAUAAAGAUGUUUUUAACUUGUUAUUACACUUAUUUAGAGCUUGGUUAAAUGCAUCAUGGAACUCCUCUGACUUAAGAUUUGGUGUGGCUUUUUAUCUUUAUUUUGAAAUUAUUUUAUUACAUGCAAUAGAUAAUUCAACAAA